GUUUGUGGAUAAAAAGGGAAAAGAAGAAAACAUGCCUUUUGAUUUGGCAGGUUUGAAAAACCAGGUGCUCAAACCUGGGAAGGAGGAGGUGAAGAACACCGUGGGGGACUCUUUAGGAAAACUGCAGAGGAAAAUAGAUGGUAGUAACGUUGAGGACGAGGACAACAUUGAGCUCACAGAAGACGGUCGUCCGGUGGCAUCAGCACCACGUCCUGCCCCUUUACUGGACUGCAGCUGCGGCGGUCUGCCUAAACGCUACAUCAUCGCCAUCCUCAGUGGCCUGGGUUUCUGCAUCUCUUUUGGCAUUCGAUGCAAUCUGGGUGUGGCCAUUGUGGAGAUGGUGAACAACAACACCGUCUACAUCAAUGGGACUCCAGUGCUUCAGAAAGCUCAGUUUAACUGGGACCCAGAAACUGUGGGACUGAUUCACGGAUCCUUUUUUUGGGGCUACAUCGUCACUCAAAUCCCAGGCGGAUUCAUCUCCAACAAGCUGUCUGCCAACAGGGUGUUUGGAGCGGCCAUUUUCUUGACGUCAGUGCUGAAUAUGUUCAUACCAUCGGCAGCAAGGGUGCACUAUGGUUGUGUUAUGUUUGUGCGCAUUCUACAGGGAUUAGUGGAGGGGGUCACCUACCCAGCAUGCCACGGGAUGUGGUCCAAGUGGGCACCACCUCUCGAACGAAGUCGACUGGCCACCACAUCGUUCUGCGGGUCCUAUGCAGGAGCGGUCAUUGCCAUGCCCUUAGCAGGAGUUCUGGUUCAGUUUGUUGGCUGGUCGUCAGUCUUCUAUAUUUAUGGAGUUUUUGGGAUCAUUUGGUACAUCUUCUGGCUCCUGCUAGCCUACGGAAGUCCUGCUGCACAUCCCACAAUCACAGACGAGGAGAGGUUAUACAUCGAGUCCGCCAUCGGUGAAACGAUUCAUCAAUUGAGCGUUACUGAGAAAUUCAAGACCCCGUGGCAUCGCUUCUUUACAUCCAUGCCCGUCUACGCCAUCAUUGUGGCGAACUUCUGCCGCAGCUGGACCUUCUACCUGCUUCUCAUCAGCCAGCCGGCGUAUUUUGAGGAGGUGUUCGGCUUCCCCAUCAGCAAGGUGGGACUCCUGUCUGCUGUCCCCCACAUGGUGAUGACCAUCGUGGUCCCUAUCGGAGGACAGCUGGCAGACUUUUUACGAAGCAAAAAAAUCAUGUCUACGACCAACGUGAGGAAGAUGAUGAACUGUGGAGGGUUUGGUAUGGAGGCCUCUCUGCUGUUGGUGGUUGGAUUUUCUCACACUCGAGGAGUCGCCAUUUCUUUCCUUGUUCUCGCUGUGGGCUUUAGUGGAUUUGCCAUUUCAGGUUUUAAUGUGAAUCAUCUGGACAUUGCUCCUCGCUAUGCCAGCAUCCUGAUGGGCAUUUCCAACGGGGUCGGAACGCUGUCUGGAAUGGUGUGUCCCCUGAUCGUCGGAGCUUUGACUAAACACAAGACUCGCCUGGAGUGGCAGAACGUCUUCGUGAUUGCAUCCAUGGUGCACUACUCAGGGGUCAUCUUCUACGCCAUCUUCGCGUCGGGCGAGCUGCAGGACUGGGCCAACCCUGAGGGCCUGAGCGAGGAUAAAUGUGGCAUCAUUGACGAGGACGAGCUGGCCGAGGAAUCGGAGCUCACCAACGAGAUCGCGUUGGCUCCCAAAAAGAGCUACGGAACAACGGACGGCUCGUACGGUCAGAAGCACGGCUGGAAGAAGAAGAGAGGAGCGACUGGGCAGGAGGGUGAGGAGGAGCAACACUACGGGAACGGGGACUACCAGGACACAUACCAGUGAGAUACUGGUUUAAGACUUCCAAAGCUGAAGGUUCAGCUGUCACUCCUGAUGAAAAGACCAGGAGCUGCAGCAUCACAUGCACCUCAAGAAGAUGUUCUUCUUUUAUUUUUGUCUUUUUAUCCUCGACAAACACACAUAGUUACAGUAACGUACCAUAAAUCAUU